AAAAGAUAUUGAAAUAAACUAUAGAAAGGAUAACAGAAAAUGAAUGUACAAUUUAGUAUUUAUUAUUGUUAAAAAAACGUAUGAUUACGCUUUGAUAAAAAUGUUUAUUAUAUCACACGUGCUUUCAUCAGUUUACGUUUAAUUUUUUGAAUGAACAAUUGUCGUAAUUAUUAACGGAAGAAACGUUUCAAUCCGACAAAGAUGCCAGUUAAAAUAUUAGGAUAUAGUUAUGAAGAGUACAAGUCUUUAAGGAAUGUACACAAGCAGAUGGCAACGGCACAGAACGAGCCGUUACCUGUGUAUGUCAAAAUAUUAGCUGCGUUCACGUGUUGCAUGGAGGCUCCUAACUGGCUGAAUAUUACUGACGCUAAAAAAGGUGUUGGCAAUGGUCGGGCGAUGCGUGGGGAGCUGGUCACUUUGCUGAAGAGCGCUGGGCAACUGUGCUCUCAGGGGGUGAAGAACUCUUCGAGAGAGGACGAGGAGGCACUUUGCUCGGGCUUGUCAUCCCUGAUCCAGCAAGUGCUUGCCGGCCAGGCGACCCCGAUUCCGAGCACAUCUUCCUGGAUCACCUUAGACAACAGCAGUUGGAAUGAAGACAACCAGACGAACGCGACCCUCGUCAUCGACGAGAAGGUCUACUUCAGCAGCGUUUUCAUGGCGGUGCUUUCCGUCAUUCUUGGCAUUGUCAUCCUCAUCACAAUUAUCGGAAACGUGUUCGUGAUAGCGGCCAUCCUGCUGGAGCGAAACUUGCAGAAUGUAGCUAACUACUUGAUAGUUUCGCUGGCCGUGGCAGACUUAAUGGUUGCCUGCCUAGUUAUGCCCCUUGGAGCAGUUUACGAGAUAAACCAGAGUUGGAUCCUGGGGCCGGAACUGUGCGACAUGUGGACGUUAUCAGACGUGCUCUGUUGCACAGCAUCAAUCCUGCACCUAGUCGCAAUAGCUGUUGACAGGUACUGGGCGGUCACGAACGUGAAUUACAUACACAACCGCAACCGGAGCCGUAUCGUGAUUAUGAUCGUCAUGAUCUGGACGCUGGCGAUCGUGGUAUCCUUAGCACCGCAGUUCGGAUGGAAGGACCCCGAUCACCUGGAGCGGAUCAAUUUGCAGCAGCGCUGCCUCGUCUCCCAGGAUCUCGGUUACCAGAUCUUCGCCACAUGCUCCACAUUCUAUGUACCACUCCUCGUCAUUCUGGUCCUUUACUGGAAGAUCUUCCAGACGGCCAGGAAACGGAUAAGACGCCGAAGGACGCCAAAACAGCCGAUUUCAGAGAAGGCGGGCAAGGCGGGUGGAAAAUUUAACUUCUUUUCGAAAAAGAGGUUGAUGGGAGAAUGGGAGAGCAAGAAAGGUGAGGUGGCACUAGUGGAGGGUUCGGUCUGCGAGACUGACACAGAAAAAGGUGGAAGUGGCGAAGGAGCUACGACAGCUUUCACGAUAACGACCAACCACGGCUCCGGUGCAGUGAGUCCUGAUAGGUCCACUGCCGAAAUGCCGGCCAACAACUCCAAGCCUGCUCCCGCCCUGCCGCAGAAGACGAAACGGGAGACGAAGAAGGAGACGAUGGAGGCGAAAAGGGAGCGUAAAGCUGCCAAAACGCUUGCCAUUAUCACGGGGGCGUUCGUCGUAUGCUGGUUGCCGUUUUUCAUUAUGGCCCUGCUCAUGCCACUGUGCGAAACGUGUUACAUCAACGAUUACUUGGCCUCGCUUUUCCUGUGGCUAGGAUACUUCAAUUCCACCCUCAACCCCGUUAUUUACACGAUAUUCAGCCCAGAGUUCAGGCAGGCGUUUAAGAGGAUCCUCUGUGGAGUUAGUCACUCGAGACCGAGGAGAUAGACUGAAUUCUUCUUCUUGGUGGACGAAGGACAGGAGAAUGGAUGGGGGAUGACAGUCAGAAAAGCCGAGAACAAUAAGCCAUCAUCAUUUUCCUUGCGCAACUUUCAUCACUCAGGAUGCCGUCAGUCCCCGGUGAGUCCCAAGGGGAGUGACGGGAUCUGCCGAUUACUCAUUUUCCCCAAUUGCCACAUGAACAUCAUCAUUAGAGAUUUUUUUUCAUUCUGUUUGCAAAGAAUACAUAUCAAUUUCCCGUUCAAUUUCCAUACCAGCAUAAUUCCAGAAAGUGCAAAAGAAGAAGAAAGCGAAAAGAGAAACGAGCGCUGAAGGUUUUCUAUGUGAUAAGUUGAAUUUCGUACAAUACUGCCAUUACUAAAUAUCUUUAAUUUUACUUUUUUUUUAGUAAGCGGAAUUGUGAUUGUUACGCUAUUAUGAAGUAUUAUUAUAUAGCAUUAUAAUGAAUUGUUAUAACAGUAUAUCUUAUACGUUUAGAUGUUAUUUUUCAACUCAUUAAAAAUCUAUUUGUAGAGUUUAAUAAUAUAGCUAAGCUACAAACACCACAAUGUAUAAAUGUUUUUGUAUUGAUAAUCUAUGUUCUUAUAGACGCUAUAGAUAAAUAUUGCAUGUAAAUAUCGUAUUGCCAGUACCCUCACCGUAAUAAAUUAUUUUUUAUACUUUAGGAGAAAGGUUCCGUAUGAGUCAUGUGCAUUCGUGAUCCCCUGAAUUAUCUUAAUUUGUACUCUAAUGUAAAUAAUAAAAAGAAAAGAGAGAAACACCUUGUACAGAGCAUGUAUAUAGUACUAAAAAAGUCAGAAAAACAUUUAUUAACUCAGAAACAUAUAUGAAUGGUUAUAAUUUAUAUAAUAAAAUA